AUGAUUCCUCUGGGCAGCGAGGCUCUGAGCUCCUGUAAGCAGCAGGAUGUCCAGCCUUUCCUUCAGGCCCUCAGAUACACCAUGUUCCAAAGACAACUGCUCCAGAAACUUAAAGGUCACUCUCCCUCCACCGACAGCCACCUCAUGGAGCUUAGUCUCACUGCUGUCAAAUUUGCCCGGAAGAAAGGCAACAUUGCCCUGGCGUCCCGCCUGCUCAGCCAGUGUGGGAACAGGACACAGGAAGAAGGGGGGCAGCAGGAGGGGCUGAGCCAAGCCUUCAGACAUCUCUCCCUGGAGGGCACCGUGGGGGAGAGGUGGGGUGCAGAGCUGCAGAUCGAGAAAGCUAAAGUCCUGAGGAAUGCAGGCCAGUCCAUGGCAGCCAUGGAGAUGCUGAGCAGGGCUGCUCUGUCUUACUGUCACGUGGGGAAGAAUGAAGGCGCCGCCUGCCGCUCCCUACUGACACUCUGCAAAUGGCUGCUGGCCGACUGGAAGGACAUGACGCCUCAGCUGAAACAGGUGGUGAAGCGGUCAGGAGCAGUGAACUCCUCCAGCGCUGUGGGCAGCAUGUCUCCUCUGAGCCGGAACAUCGGCGCUCUGCUCGAGCUCCCCCUGGAGGAUCAGGGGAUCCCCCACAUCAUCACUGAGACCUCAGUGAGUGUGGGCGUUGGUGAGCCAGACUUCGUGUUGGGGCAGCUCUACCAGCUCUCCACCAGCCUUGCUCCAGAGAUGGCAAAGUCCUGGGCCGCACUGGCUAGCUGGGCCUACCGCUGGGGCCGGAAGGUGGUGGAUAACGCCAGCCAAGGGGAGGGAUUGCCUCUUCUUCCUGGAGAGAAGAAGGAGAUAGAGGAGCUGCUGCCAGCAACCACCAGCGAAGAAGACAAGGAGAUCAUCUUCAGCAUCCUCGGACAGGCCAUGUGUCGACCUACCGGCAUUCAG